AUGCGUCGAUUCUGCGACACAGAGGCCUUCGGAACCGAAUUUCAAGCCGGUUGCCUCUCCCCAGAAGACAACAGAGCCCUCGCGAUCAUGAAAGAGAAGACCCGAAAGCUAGACAUCGGCUAUGAGGUGCCCAUCAUUUGGAAAGAAGAAGAGCCGAACCUAAUCAACAAUCGACAGUUGGCCGAAAAUCGGCUUAAGAGGUUAUGCCUCUCGUCUUCUAGACCUGGCUUCUGCCAAAUAUUUCCUUGCGCACCACGGAGUGUACAAGGGCCAAAAUUAAGAGUCGUCUUCGACGCGGCCGCUCGCUUUAUAAGGAAAUCCCUGAAUGACGCUAUUGUCAGCGGGCCAGCCCUACAGCCGGCAUUAGCAACAGUCCUCAGUCGAUUUCGGCAAGAUGAAACCUCCGACAUCGAAGCGAUGUUUAGUCGCUUCCGCCUAACCGCCGAAGACGCCAACUACUUCUGUUUUCUUUGGCAAGACAAGGAAACUCACGAACCAGUAGUUUGUAGGAUGGACCGACUACCCUUCGGAGCAAGUUGCUCGCCCUUUGUCGCCAUCCACACGGUUCGCCAAAUCGUGCGUGACGCCGGAGUGGAAGAAAGGAUAAUCACUGCAACCCGAGAUCAGAUGUACGUAGACGACUAUUUGGGUUCGGCUCCAUCCGUUCCAGCGGCCUUAGGUGAAGCCCUCGUCGUCAAAACCGCAUUGGCCAACGUCGAUCUCAACUUGCAGCGAUGGAUCUCCAACUCCCGCGAGUUCAUGUUAGGAAUAUCCACCGACAUCCCUGAGGAUCAACCGUCAACGCACCCGUUGAUCGGGGGAGCAGACGAAAAGGUGCUCGGCGUAGUAUGGAACACCCGUUCGGACACGAUUGGGUUUAAGGUAGCCGACCCUCCCGACACCGAUUUUACUCGAGUGGCUCUAGUCAGCCAUGUCGCCUUCGUCUUCGACCCGCUGGGAACCGCCUCUCCUCUCAUCGUGAAGGCCAAGAUUCGGCUUCGAGAGUUAGGCUUGAAGGGCCUGGAUUGGAUGGACGUGGUGAUCGACGACGAUCAUAUCUGGUGGAGCAGGUGGUUCGAAGCCCUUAGUCAGCUGAACGCAGUGGAAAUGCCGCGUUCUUUAUUCCCGAGAAGACUCAACAUUCUGACGUCGGAACUACACACCUUUUGUGACGCUUCCGAGGAGGCCUACGCCACCGUCAUUUACAUCCACAACACUGAUUCCGACGGGCAGAUAAUUGUUCGACAAGCGAGAGCGGCCAACAAACUCGUACCAAAGAAGGUGAUAUCGGUGCCGAAACUGGAGCUUAACGCUGCGCUGUUAGGAUCCCGACUGACAGUAGCAUUACAAACCGCUUUGACGAUUAAGAUCCAUCGUCGGCGGUUUUGGACAGACAGCAGCACGGUUCGAAACUGGAUUCCAUCCGCCGCUGCUCACUAUCAAGAUUUCGUCGGCAUCUUCAACCCAGCCGACGCCGCUACCCGCUCCACCUUGAACGGGGAGGUAUUCCCUCCUACUUGGCUGACGGGACCAAGCUUUCUCGGUCGUCCUGAAGAAGAUUGGCCAGUAGAUCUACCCUGGACGGCUAUUACAGAAGAAAUCAGAACGAGCCGCGCCUAUCACACUGCCGUUCAAGAGGUGAAAUUCGACUGGAGCGAUGUAGAAGUCAAGCCCGGCGAUGUCGCGACCCUAACAAGAAUGAGUACGAAGUUUUUCGACCUCGUCAAGCGUUGCCAAAAUGAGGUCUAUACUGAAGAGUUGAAGCGCGUCAAGAAAGGGAAGCCGCUGCCAUCAACCUCGAGUUUGCUGGCGUUGGCGCCGAUACUCGACGCAGAUGGAAUACUACGACUUGGAGGUCGGGCCGGUCGAGCGAAGCUACCUUACGACCAGCUGCACUCCCCUCUUCACCCAGGAAAACACCCGUUCUCGGAAAAGAUCAUCCGGGCUUUCCACGAACACCUUAAACACGUUGGAACAGAUUUCUUGCUUGCCUAA